AUGGAUUCGAUGACGGGGCCGGGGUCAGAGGUUGACCUCUACUGUUCCCUUAGUGAAGAAGAGGUACAAGACAUUGUGUCUAAUUCACAGAAGAUGACAGAGCACUCCUACGAGAACAUCUCCAUCCGUCGGAUCAUCAGCACGCCCAGCGAUGCCAUGACAUCAAUGUAUCGCAUCAAGGAUCUGCCGUUGGAGACUUAUGACUACAUUAUCCUGCUGGCGAAUGCAGCAGAGUCCGUAGACCGGGCCGAUGAGCAGACAGUCGCAAUGGUGCUGCAGAUGAAAUCCCUUAUGGCUCAGCGUGAUCCGGAGAAGGAUUUCCAACCCCUUGUUGAGAUCUGCACGCCAACAGCUGAGGAGCAGCUGUCUGCAGUGGGAAUCCAGAAUCUAUGCAACAGCACGCUUCUGGUUUCCAAAGCACUUGCUAUGGUGGCCAUCAGCACAGUGAACUACGGAGUUCUCAGCGACUUGCUCUCCCCUGAUGGAAACCAGCUGGACAUUAUGGACUUGGCAGAUUACCUCGCUGAAGGCGAGAGUUUGCCAACCUUCCUGACCUUUGCCGAGGCAGCUGCAAUCGUAGGUCGCGCUGCCCAGCAGGUGCUCAUCGGAUGGUCUGAGGAGGGUGAGUAUGUAAUCAAUCCUAAGAGCAAGCUUGUGCCGCGGCCGUGGUCUUCUGAAGACCGCUUUGUAGUGAUCAAGGAUGUGUGA